AUGAGCAGCACCAGUAUCUUGAAAUUGGCUGUCCUUUUUGUCGGGAUUUCUCCAUUGGUCGAUGGAUUAGGUCUGGGGGAACCUCCGGACGGAAAGGCUUGCUUGGCCGCUUGGACGGAUGGCUCGGCUCCUUACAAUUCGAAUCAGGCCAUACAACUACAUGAGCGGAGCGGGGGGGCCGAUGAAUGCAACCCAGGUGGUAGAGACGGGGACACCGGCAGCGAUCUAUCUGACGGCCGAUCCGCAAUCGCUGGACCAAGUGAGCAACCAAGACCUGAGGCUGCUUGGCCAACAGAUCACAGGCUACCAGCUCGUCCCAAAGACCACCAGCACGACUCCAUCACCUCCUCCACCAUGCGACAGGUCACAGGGCAGUCUGCAGCCGACCGGCGACGGCCCCGUUCCCCAUCACCUCCUCCACCAUGCGACAGGUCACGGGGAACCACUCCCAGCCUGCCCAGCAAAGGCUACAUAGUCCCCGGCCAAGACCCCUCAACGGACAACAAGUUCUACGUCUCCUCCUCCGCAGCUCUGUCCCGUCCCUCAGCCCCCGAAACUCCACCCUUACUGAUCUAG